GGAUGAGAAAGCAGACUGAAUAAGUUCCUUGUAAAAGUGUUGAGGCCUUUAGCAGUUAGCUUUUGCAGUAAAAUGGCAGAAAAAGAUGAGAAAAGAACAGAUGAUCAACCAAAAGAACAGGAUGAGAAGAAGGAAAAGGUGCACCCAGCUGAUAUGGGUUUGGUGGAUUUGAUGAAGCACUUGGAGGUGGAGGAGCCCCCCAAACAAUUGCUAUCCUCGGUGGACCUGGAAGGAAUUGUUCAGUUUAUCAAGGACAAAAAAGCCACCAAUAUCAUUACAAUGGCUGGAGCUGGAAUCUCUACUUCGGCUGGUAUCCCAGACUUCCGAUCCCCUGAAACAGGACUGUACCACAACUUAGAGAAAUACGACCUUCCUUUUCCCCAGGCCAUAUUUAGUCUGGACUAUUUCAAGGAAAAUCCUGAACCUUUCUGCAUGCUGGCCAGAGAGCUAUGGCCAGGGACUUUUAAGCCAACACCAUGCCAUUAUUUUAUUAAACUGUUGGAUGAACAUGGACUGUUGAAACGCCAUUACACACAGAACAUUGAUACUCUUGAGAGUGUGGCUUGCAUUGAUGCUGACAAGAUUGUGGAAGCUCAUGGUUCAUUUCGCCUGGGCCACUGUCUACAGUGUAAUGCUGAGUACACACAAGAUUGGAUGAAAGGGAAAAUUUUAGGUGAAGAACUUGAAAUUCCAAAGUGUGAGAAGGAAGGCUGUGAUGGAAUUGUCAAACCGGAUAUUGUUUUCUUUGGGGAGAGACUACCAGAUAGAUUUUCCACAUGUGUGUCGGAGGAUUUUAAGACCUGUGACUUGCUGAUUAUAAUGGGCACCUCUCUAACUGUGCAGCCUUUUGCCUCACUUACAAGCAGGGUUUUUGAUGAAACACCAAGGCUGUACAUCAACCUAGAAAAAACGGGAACUGAGCCAACUAAUGCAUUUGCUAUGAUGUUGUUUGGAGGAGGUUUUAAAUUUGAUGAUGAAGACAAUUACAGAGAUGUUUUCAUGGAGAGUUCUUGUGAUGAUGGCUGCUACAAACUGGCAGACAUGUUAGGAUGGGGAGAUGAGCUUCGUGAAAAAGUGAAACUUGAACACAAUAGGAUUGACAGUGAAAAUGCCAGUACUUCAACUCCAGCCAAACAGAAAAAGUGAAUCCAGACAGAACAAACAGAAUGGUAGAUUUCCAAGCAGUGGAAAAGAGAGGAAGGGGUAGCUAUAAUCCUGCAAAAUUUCAAAGAUUCUAUUUCAAAUGAUUUUUACUUGUGCAUUACCAGUAUAAUGGAAUGUUGAUUGUACAAUUUUAUUCUUUUUCAACAUUCAUUUUAAAAUACUGGUACAAUGUAUCACAGUGUGGAAUACAUUUAUACUACAGUUGAACUUCGGUAUCUCGAACACGGAUAUCUCGAAUAUCAUGGAUAUAUCGAAGUCAUUUUGAAGUGCCAACUUCUUAUUUCUUAUGUAUUUUACCUUGGAUAUCUCAAAUCCUCGGUUAUCUUGAAGUAUUUUCUUGGUCCCUUCAAGUUCGAGAUAAUGAGGUUUGACUGUUUAUAACUAAUUAAGGUUUUAAUGGUUGUUUAUGCAGAUUUCAAGAUGUUAUCUGUAAACCUUUCUUUGAUUUUGAAUAAUUUUACCAAAACUUUACAAGGCAAAUUGUACAAAAUUUCUAUCAGAUUCUUUCCUAUGUAAUUUUUUUCUUGUUAAUAAGUUGUUACUUUUACAAGACAUUGUUAAAAACUAUUAGGCUUUAUUUAUUUCAUAUCUUGUUGAUACUCUGUUAUUUUUUGUUUUUGAUAUUGUAUAAUAUUAGUUGUGAAUACUUAUUUUAAUGAAUGCUAAAUUUAGCAUAUUUAUAGGUGAUGGACUAGUUAGCAAAUUCAUGACUUAAAGUUUUUCAUGUUUGCGUUUAACACUCUGUACAAGUUCAUUUUUAUGCCCCCUUUGAAGAAAGGAGGGCAUAUUGCUCUGCUGCUGUCUGUUAGUUGGUCUGUCUGUCUGUCGAUCCACCAACAGUUUCCAUUCAUUUUCUUCGCAGAGGUUGCAGAUACUGAAAUGAAAUUUGGUAUACAGAUUUAUCAUAAAAAUAUCUAGGUCAACUUCUGUUUUAGAUAUGAUCAAGCAAUUUUUUACAGAGUUAUGCCCCUUGAACUUGGAAACAUUCCAACUAUUUGCUUUCUGUUCAUUAUCUCUGCAAAGGUUGAACAAAUUAAUUACUGAUGUAUAUGUAUCAUGAGAAAUGUGUUUUUACCAAAGAUGUGAUGUAGAAGUCUAUUUCUGGUUGAUGCAUCUUAGAUAGUACCAGUAGAUGACCCCUAUUGAUUUUAAGUUCAAAAGGUCAAUUUUUUUUCCAUGUACACUGCCCAUAAUGUAUAUUGCCUAUAAUAAAGGCUCUGUGCACCCUAUAAUGUAUGUCCAGAGAGGGGGGCAUAAAUGUUUCACAAAUAUCUUUUUUUUUUGGUGAUGAAUUUUAAUUAGCGAAAUGUAAAAGACAUUGUACAAGAAAUGAAAAUACAAAGUCCACAAUAGUAAAUGUGCAUAGAGUGUCAUGCAUUAUGUAUUUUUAAGCUUAUGAUUUUUAAGAUUAUGUCUAUUUAUUAAGUAUAUUUCAUGUUCAAAAUGUUUUUAAUUUCUUUAAGUGCAAUGCUGAUAUGUUUUGAAUGUAAGACCUGUGAUAUGGAUUGAUUAUAUAUCAUUUACUGAC